UUCCGCGCCAUGUCGGGAGAGGGCGCCAGUUCAUAUUGUACUAGGGUCAAAGUUGAAAAGGUCAUUCACUUGGCGGGAAACUCCAGAAGUCCGACAAGUCAGAAGAUAUCAACGCGACACAGGGCAUUAAAAGCACCAAUCACCAUGAAGAUCUACUUCUGUGGCAGUAUCCGUGGAGGCCGGGGUGAUGCAGAACUGUACAGCAGGAUCAUUGAACAGCUGAAGGCCUAUGGGACUGUCCUGACUGAACAUGUAGGGUUUAAAGAGCCCAUUCUCAAACAUAUUGAAGGUGAUGAUGUGGCUAUACACACACAGGACAUGGCAUGGCUGGAAGAGUCAGAUGUUGUGGUUGCUGAGGUGACCCAGCCAUCACUUGGAGUAGGAUAUGAGAUUGGGAGAGCAGUGGCAUGGAAGAAAAGGAUUCUGUGUCUGUACAGGCCUGAUGAUGGCAAAGGUUUGUCAGCCAUGGUCCGAGGUGCCCAUGAUGGUAAGAACUUCAUUGUCAAGGAUUACCAGGAACCAGAGGUGCCAGGCAUCCUCAAGGAGUUCCUUAGCAGCUCGUAGAAACACUGGCAGGUCAUAUCAGUUAAUUAGCUGUAACGCUAGUUCACCUUUAUCCAUAUCCAUUGCUUUCAGAAAUGGGUAUUUAGGGAUAUCAGUCGACGGAUGGUAGUUUCAAACUACAUGUACAACAUUAUUACAACUUUAAACCACCGUCCGUCCAGUUGAUAUCCUUUAAUACCGUGUUGGUAAACACAACGAAUAUAGGUUACCCUGCGGAUAAAGGUGAACUAGCGUUAGAACAAAUAUGACUGGUUGGAUUUGGACUUAUUAAUAUCUACAAGAUUUGUGCCAUUUUCUGAAAUCAUCUGAUGUACCUCUCCCCCACCAAAAGAAAUAAUACAAAUGAUGAACACAUUCUUGUGCUAACAAGACGAAUGCUUUUUUUCUAAAUGGUCCCUACCCAUGAUUGAUUGCUUUAUUCUAAAUUUAUGACAGAUUAUGAUUGUUGUUGCCUAAUGCUGAAGAGGGACAUAAAAUGACAUUGCUGUAGGAUACUGCAUGCGAAGGAGUGAUAAGGAAUGUUACCGUCUGCCCCGCUUCCUAACGCCAUAACCAAUAGAGAAUUGGUAGCCAAACUGCUACUACAAUGUGCUAAACAAUAAUGAAGAAUUUAUAAUUCACUGACUCUAAACAAAAAGAUUGUAGGGUACAUACAAGAUGACUUUAAGGGCUUAAAUUUAUCAAGUAAUUUGUGCAAUUUGAGUGUAAUGUGGAAGCUAUGUUACAAGUAAUACAUUCCCCUUAUUGUCACAUUUUAAUGAAUGGUAUUUAUAGUCUUUGAUCAACUUUGUAAAUUUGGUCAAAUGUAUCUUAAGUGAGAUUUUUGCACAGAUCUAUUUUUUACCUCCUGGUAAUCCAAACAGAUGUUAUAUUAUAAAUCAUAAAUUGUAAUGGUGUAGGUGAUAAAAUGUAUCAAUUUGGUCAGAUAAGACAUACCAAUCAAGUAAAACAGACAGGAUCUGAUUCACGUAGGGCAACUAGAAAUGUUCUGUACUGUUUACUGCAGCCCAUUGUUGUGUGUUGUUGUAAGGUACAAGUAGUCAGGAGAUUCAAUUAGAAAACAGGAGACCACAUGUCACACUGUUAGGUUGACAUACAACGUCAACAACAUUUACUCACUGUCCAUUUGUACAAAAGGAAUUGUCACACAGUUAAAAACAUAAUAGCACAUUUUAAAACCGAUGUCUUGAUUGUAUCCAGCAUCAUUAACAAAAUCCUAGCAGUGCUACUGUAGGUGAACACAGGAAAAUUGGCAGCUAGCACCCUUUGAACAUCAGGCACAGGUGGCAGUACAGGUGGUGACUGUCCAUCGAGGCCACCUUGUAAAUACUGUGAGAACUGCAGACAUAUGUCAGAAAAAUAUGGUUGCCAUUAGCUUACUUGUAUGCUUUGUAUGAUUAUGGCAAUUAAACACGUAGUACAAUACUACGUUUCAUGCCUAUAACAAGAUGCAUAAAAAAAUAAAGUACAUGUAUUGAUGCAUUU